CAUUAAUACAGUCACGUAGAGGUUGAGACUCCACUGAAUAAACUCUAGGUUCCUAUUUCUUUCAGCCAGAUCCUCCCAGGGAAUCACUACAGGCUGGUUAGCCAAAAAGUCCUGGUUUUCUGCUCAAUAGAGUGCUACUGACAUUCCAGAAACAGACCCGAAGGAAAAUAAUACCUUGACCCAAAGCAGUGUGUCUUUCCCACUUCAGGUCCUAUGGUCCUUACUGGAAGACAGCAUGUCCAACGUUACCUUGAGAAAAAUGUCUCCCACAGGAAAUGAAAUGAAGAGCACCACUCAGGGAACCACACGGAAGCAGCAGGAUUUUCACGAGGUGAACAAAAGAAGAACUUUCUUACAGGAUAACAGUUGGAUAAGGAAACGCCCUGAAGAAGAAAAAGAUGAAAAUUACGGUAGGGUGGUGCUCAACCGACAUAAUUCCCAUGAUGCAUUGGACAGGAAAGUAAAUGAGAGAGAUGUGCCAAAAGCUACAAUUAGUCGGUAUAGUUCUGAUGGCACUUUGGACAGGAUCUCAGACAGAAAUGAUGCUGCUAAAACAUAUAAGGCCAACACCUUGGAUAACCAACUAACCAAUAGGAGCAUGUCCAUGUUUAGAUCACCGGAAGCAACAAAAUUGCAACCUGGCGGUUCACUGAAUGCCAACACCUCCAACACCAUAGCAUCCACUUCCGCUACUACUCCUGUGAAGAAGAAGAGGCAGUCCUGGUUUCCACCGCCCCCUCCAGGUUACAACGCCUCUUCAAGCACAGGAGCCAGGAGACGGGAACCAGGUGUUCACCCUCCAAUACCUCCAAAGCCCAGUUCUCCUGUUUCUUCUCCUAACCAGCUGAGACGGGAUAAUAGGCAGAUACAUCCACCUAAACCGGGUGUAUAUACAGAAACCAACAGAUCUGCUGAAAGAAAUAUAAGGAGUCAGGAUCGUGAUAACAUCGUCAAAGUGGCAACUUCACUUCAGAGAAGUGACGAAGGUGAAGAAUUGGAUAAUCUCAUCAAAAUGAACAAAAGCUUGAAUAGGAAUCAAGGUCUUGAUGGUCUCUUCAGAGCAAAUCCAAAGGUAGACGAAAGAGAGAAAAGAGCCAAAAGCCUUGAAAGUCUUAUCUAUAUGAGUACCCGGACAGAUAAAGAUGGCAAAGGAACCCAAAGCCUUGGAAGUCCGAUUAAAGUUAAUCAAGGGACUGACAAAAAUGAGAAAGGAAGACAGGAUCUCGAAUCUGUUGUUAAAGUGAAUGCCAGGAUGAAUAAAACGAGCAGAAGAAGUGAAGACCUUGAUAAUGCUACCAAAGUAAAUCCCAAAGGAAAUGAAAAUACUACCAGAAAACAAGACCUUGAUGGGCUUAUUAAAGUGGAUCCUGAAACAAAUAAAAGUAUUAGGAGGGGCCAGAGCCUUGAUAAUCUCAUCAAAGUGACCCCUGAAGUAAACAGAAGUAACCAAGGUUCCAAAGACCUUAAUAACUUCAUCAAAGUGAAUCCAGGAACAGAAAAAAGUACUCAAGGGGGCCAAAGUCUUGACAGCCUCAUUAAAGUAACUCCUGAAAGAAACAGAACUAACCAAGGGAACCAAGACUUGGAAAAUCUUAUCAAAGUGAUCCCUUCAGCAAACAAAAGCAGUGAACAAGGUCUUGAUGAACAUGUUAAUGUCAGCCCCAAAGCUGUCAAAAACACUGAUAGAAAACAAGAUCUUGAUAAACUCAUCAAAGUGAAUCCUGAAAUUUUCACAAACAAUCAAAGAAACCAAGAUCUUGCUAACCUCAUCAAAGUAAAUCCUGCAGUAAUCAGAAACAAUCAGAGCCAAGACUUGGACAAUCUUAUUAAAGUGAAACCUUCAGCUCUUAGAAACACUAAUCGAGACCAGAACCUGGAAAAUUUAAUUGGAGUAAAUUCUCAUGUGUCUGAAAACAAGAAUGGAAGGCUAGAUGCCCAAGUCAAUGGGUUCACCAAUGCUCUACACAACCAGUCCACAAGAAUUGCUUCCCAUUCUUAUGAAGCCAGGAACAAUCUCAGCUCUAACACUGGAGCCAAGCAGGCAGGACCACAGGAUACUGUUGUGUACACAAGGACAUAUGUGGAGAAUAGUAAAUCACCCAAGGAUGGAUAUCAGGAGAAUAUCUCUGGAAAAUACAUACAAACUGUUUAUUCAACUUCUGAUAGGUCUGUCAUUGAAAGAGAUAUGUGCACUUAUUGCCGAAAACCCUUGGGUGUAGAAACUAAAAUGAUUUUAGAUGAAUUACAAAUUUGCUGCCAUUCUACUUGCUUUAAGUGUGAAAUAUGCAAGCGGCCUUUGGAAAAUCUACAAGCCGGUGACAGUAUUUGGAUUUAUAGACAGACAAUACACUGUGAACCUUGCUACUCUAAAAUUAUGGCAAAGUGGAUUCCAUAAUUCUGGCACAAGGAAAUCAAGAUGAAAAGCACUCAUUAAGGAAUUAAAAGUUACAAGUUUUAUCUUAAUAAUAUGUAAUCUAGAAAAGCUUUCACAUUGAAGAUCAGCUCUUGUAGAAAAUGAACAAUUCUGUUAUUGCAUAAGUAAUCUAAUUGUCUUCAAUAAGGUCACACACAUAAAAAGAGCCAUCUGGUCUCUGGCUAGAGUUAGCAAUAAAAAGUUCAAAUGGUUCCAGAUUCCAAUGUCAAAGGAAUGAUGCAUUACACUCCAGCCAGGUCCAUCCCUGCUCCAUAUGUUGGCUGUGAGUGGUGGUUUCCAUUUAAACCAAGUUUCUCAUUUCUUCACCUUUUUUUCUCUAAGAAUUUGGAUUCGUAGACAUUGACAUCCUGAAGAACUGUCAAGGAAGCAAGAUAUGCUUUCUUCAUCUGCAAAGGAAAUACUAACAGCAAUUUUCUUAUACAGUUUGGCAGAAAGAUGUUAACAUAAAAAGUUUAUAGACCUCAAAAAUCACUAAACUUUCCAGAUCUCUGUGCUAUUAUUUGUAACAUAAGGGGCAUUGGAUAAAAUGAUUUCUAGGAUUCCUUUUGCUUCCCAAAUUCUCUGAUUCUAAAGCAGUUUUUAGUUUGCUCUUUGGAAACAUAUAUGUAUACGUGUUUGUUAAGUCUAUUGAACUAGGUAGGACAUAUAAACAAUUUAAUUUUAGUGUCAUUGUUUAAUCACAGACUUAGUGUUUGAAAACUGUGUUUUAAAAACAGAAACAGAUUGAUGGGUAACAGGUAAAAUAUGACAUGUAUAGCUUACAUGUUAUUAUUUGUUAAAUUUUCUUUGUAUGCAUUUCAAAAUCUGGGUAUACUUAUAAUCCAUUAGAAGUAAUGGUUAUGGACUAAAAAGAUAUGUUCUUUAGUAUGUUAUAUAUACUCAUAUUACAUAGCACUAUAUUUACAAAAGGCUUAUAAAAAUAAAAUGAACUAUCAGUUACAUAGAAUCUUUAUGUGAAGUGUUUGUAAAUGUAAUUUACUAACAUUAAUUUUGUCAAUUAUAGUGAUUAUAAUCUAUUAUAUUCUCUGUUGCGCUGUUUAACUUAUUUUUAACCGCUCAAGCUAUAUAUUUUAUUUUUAAGAAACUUUUCUGAAGAAAUUGAACAUGUAAUAAUCAUGUGAGGAACUAGUAUUAUUAACAUUGGGAAAUUGAACUUCUAAACCAUUUAAUUGCAUAUAGCAUAUAUUGCAUAUAUAGCAUAUAUUGCAUAUAGCAACUUUUUUCUAGAAAAAAGAUGUAUGGAACAUGGAAGUGGGGGCAGAAUUCUAGAGAAGUUUUAAGGCAGUUAUGGAAAACUGCUAUAAACUAGGGAGAUUAAAAGAUUAUCAUGUAUUUUCCAAAUGUUAAUACAUUCAAAGAAUUAUUCUCCUGUGUAAUAAUUUCAUGUCUCUGUUCCUCUUAAAGCUUGGUUCACAAAGUGUUAAACACAAAAUGCUUAUCAAAAUACAGCAAUGUAUAAUUGUUGUCCAAUGAAAAGGGAGCCAGGAAAAACAAUUAAUAAUAAUUUUAUAUUCAUUAAUUCAUGCUUGAUGAGAAGCAGUGGUAAUUGAGCCACAUGUUUUAUUGUUCUUUUAUUAUAUGCUAUCAGAGUGAUCAAAAGAAAUAAUUUUCUCAGAGUUGAAAUUCACUGCAGAAAAGGAUGGAUGAAAUAGUAUCCCUUUCUUUCAUAUAAAGUAUAUUAACAUCUGAAUGCUUUUGUAGUAAUUAAAAUCAUCUGAAUAUCAUUUAAAAAGUAUAAAAACGUAAAAGGAACACAUUUCUCAUUUUUCUAUAGCUGUUUAAUGGGCCCUCUCUCCUACAAUAAUGUAUUAAAUCAAACCAAAAGCUGUUGUAAAAAUGGAAUAGACAUGAAAUGGAGAGAGAAGUGUUUCUGAUUCAUCAAGAUCACUUCAUUAUGUCUGGGUUUAUGUUCACUAUAGAAGUGACAGAUUCCCAAAACAACUUACAAGAUCUCACAUUUUUUGCAGGCUAUUAAUUAUGUUAUGACUGACACUGUUCCUGGGCACAAUUGCCUAAAUCUAGGGAUACUAGAUCCUGAAUUCUAUCACCAAUAAAAAGAUGUCUCUAAAAGAGAAUGAAUGGCUUCAUCAUGACAAUAUCCUUCUAAAUAAAAGUCAAAGACAUAUAAUAAUCUCAGGAAUAGUAUAGUAUAAAAUGAUAUUCUCUCUUUUAAUAAGGCCAAGAAAUAAGAAUUUAUUCAAGAAGUAAUAUGUAUAUCUUAAUGGUUUGAUUGCAAUCACUCUACUUAUUAGAUAUGAGUGAUGAGAUGGUCCAGCUAUCACUAUUGUGCAUUCCCUGACUUGUUUACUAUGAUAGAAAAUUGUGAGUGUUUGGAACAUUCAGCUUGAUAAAGAGCUCUACCAAAACAAGUAACUGUUGGGUCUACAUCAUGGCAAACUAACAAGGAUGUUGGUUUUUUUUUUUUUUUGUGCUACUGGAUUUGCUGGUUAUUUUGAUACAAUGUAAAUAAAUUGCUAUUAAAGUUC